UCCUGUGGCAUUUUACAGAUUUUUUUCCAUUUUAUGUAUAUCAUAUUUUUAUAGACAUUUGUAUUUCAUUUUUAACCCCCACAAAUGAAUUACUCUAACUUGUCAUAAUUUAUUUCUGGAUUAGAUACAUCUCACACAUAUUUUUCCUAUGUCUAUAGCACAUGUAUAAAAACUGGUCAUCUACUAGACCACAAAGCAGACCUAAGACUUAAUUAUAUGAAAUCCUACAGAGCAUAUUUUCUGAACAAGAAGGGAUUCAAACUCAAACUUCAAGACCCAAGAAACGUUUAUUUAAUUGAAAACUAAACAAAAACGGAAACCACCACUCAGCCGUGCUUUGGGCUUCAACUACAGGAGAAAAGUCAGGUGGGAGGGGCUGCUGGAAAGCCUGUGACACAAGAAUGGGACCGUGCGCGAGCCUUGUGUGACGUCACUGAGGCCCCUAGAGAAAAACUGCCAGUUCUGUCUAAGGCGCCGUAAGGGGAGUUGUGUCGGGGCCUCCGGGGCAGCAGUGGACCCACUCACUCGCGGAUCCCACCACAGCCAUGAGCAGUAAGGAGUGCUUCAAAUGUGGACUCGUUGGCCACUGGGCCCCGGGAUGCUCUAAAAGAGGAGGAGCUCGGGGGCAUGGAGCUAGAGGCCGUGGCCGUGGAGCUCAGUGCAUUUCAACCACCCGACCCGUCAUCUGUUACCGCUGCGGUAAGUUUGGCCAUUAUGCUAAGGACUGUGACAUCUGCUACAACUGUGGGAAAAGUGGCCACAUUGCCAAAGACUGUGCCGAGCCUAAGCGAGAGGGAGAGCGUUGCUGUUACACCUGUGGCAGACCAGGCCAUCUGGCUCGUGAUUGUGACCGUCAGGAAGAGCAGAAGUGCUACUCUUGCGGCAAAAGGGGCCACAUUCAAAAAUACUGCACCCAAGUCAAGUGCUACCGUUGUGGCGAGAUUGGCCACGUGGCCAUCAAUUGUAGAAAGAUGAGAGGUCAACUGCUACCGCUGUGGCGAAUCCGGACAUCUAACCUGGGAAUGCCCAAUUGAGGCUGACGCUUAAUUUUUCCCUUUGUUCCCUACCUCUUUUUGCUGACUGAUAAUUGUAUUAUUGUCUCUGAAACCUCUUCUCUGACCAAAGAUUGAU